AUGCCGAAUCUGUUCCACCGUCGCAAGAGGGACACUGAUGAUGUCGAAUCCAGUGCUGGCAGGAGAGCCUCUCGAGCUCGAUCUGCCAGCAUCGUCCCUGAUCCUGACCUUGCUGAGUAUCCCGCCCUCGACCACUACAUCAGCAACUACCGCGAAGACCGCCGUCGAAGUGUAGCUGAUGGCGAUGACAAUGGAAAGACCAAGAAGAAGCAUUGGUGGAGCAGUAGUAGCAACGACCAAGAACAGUCCACCACUAACACUGGUGUUUCUGAGGCGUGGCUCGAGACUGAUCUAUCACUCGGUUUAUCCUCCGACGAAGUUGAGAGGCGUAGAAAGGUCACCGGAUGGAACGAAUUGUCAUCUGAAAAGGAAAACAUGUUUGCAAAGUUCCUCGGCUUCUUCACUGGUCCUAUUCUCUAUGUUAUGGAAGUCGCUGCUUUGCUCGCUGUAGGCUUGGGCGACUGGGUAGAUUUUGGAGUCAUCGUAGCCAUCCUUCUCUUGAACGCCUUCGUAGGCUUUAUCCAAGAGAAACAAGCUGCCGAUAUCGUCGCAAGUUUGAAGGGAGAUAUCGCAAUGCGUUGCCAUGUCGUGAGAGAUUCUGUCGUGCAGGAAAUUCUCGCUAGAGAAUUGGUCCCCGGCGAUAUUCUCAUCAUCGAAGAAGGUGGCACUGUUGCAGCAGACGCCCGACUUAUCUGUGACUUCACCCGACCCGAAGACUUUGAGAUCUACAAGCGACUCAGAGCUGAAGACAAGCUGGGCCACAGCGACGAGGAAGAUGACAUGGCCGAAGAUGACGGAGCCAACGGAGAUGCAAAGCACACCGACGAUGGCCACGCGCAUACCCACGGAAAUGAGCCCCUGGAUUACCGAAGCCGCCCUCUCGCCGCCGUUGAUCAAUCCUCCAUCACAGGAGAGUCACUGGCUGUUGAGAAGUAUCUUGGCGAUAUGGUCUACUACACAACUGGCUGCAAGAGAGGAAAGGCCUUUGCUAUGGUGCAAUCAAGUGCCAAAGUGUCUUUCGUCGGUCGUACGGCCGAUCUCGUCCAAGGUGCCAAGGAUCAAGGUCAUUUUAAGGCCAUCAUGAACAACAUCGCUAACUAUCAGCAGAUUGGCGGUUUCUUCCACCACAUCAGCGUCACAGCUCAUGGCUCGCAGAACUUGUUGCACUACGCGCUUGUUCUUCUCAUCGUCGGUGUCCCUGUCGGUUUACCUGUUGUCACUACUACCACCCUGGCUGUCGGAGCAGCCUACUUGGCUAAGCAAAAGGCUAUUGUGCAAAAGCUUACCGCUAUCGAAUCACUCGCUGGAGUCGAUAUCCUGUGCUCAGACAAGACCGGUACAUUGACUGCCAACAAGCUCUCAAUCCGAGACCCCUUUGUCGCUGAAGGCGAAGAUGUCAACUGGAUGAUGGCAUGCGCAGCCCUUGCUUCUAGCCACAACCUAAAGACACUGGACCCUAUCGACAAGGUCACUAUCCUCACGCUCAAGCGCUACCCCGAAGCCCGAGAGAUCCUCAAGCAGGGCUGGGUAACAGAGUCAUUCACGCCUUUCGACCCCGUCUCCAAGCGAAUCACCGCCGUAUGCCGCCUCGGUCAAGACAAAUACGUCUGUGCAAAGGGUGCUCCCAAGGCUAUUUUGAAGCUUCUCGGACCCGGAUCUGAACAUCUCAGCGAACUCUACCGAGAGAAGGCCCAGGACUUUGCUCGUCGCGGUUUCCGCUCUCUCGGUGUUGCUUACAAGAAGAAUGACGGCGACUGGAUUCUUUUGGGAUUGCUUUCCAUGUUCGACCCGCCCCGUGAGGAUACCGCUCAGACUAUCAUCGAGGCUGGACAUCUCGGUGUUCCCGUCAAGAUGCUUACAGGAGAUGCCAUCGCCAUUGCCAAGGAAACUUGCAAGAUGUUGUCGCUGGGCACCAAGGUCUACAACUCUGAUCGUCUCAUCCAUGGUGGCUUGGCUGGAAGUAUGCAGCACGACUUUGUCGAACGCGCUGAUGGUUUUGCCGAAGUCUUUCCCGAGCACAAGUACACUGUCGUUGAGAUGCUUCAGCAGAGAGGCCAUCUCACUGCAAUGACUGGUGACGGUGUCAACGAUGCUCCCUCUCUGAAGAAGGCUGACUGUGGUAUUGCUGUCGAAGGUUCUUCGGAGGCUGCGCAGGCGGCUGCUGAUAUCGUCUUCCUCGCACCUGGUUUGAGCACAAUCGUACUGGCUAUCAAGACUGCCCGUCAGAUCUUUGCUAGAAUGAAGUCGUACAUCCAAUACCGUAUCGCGCUUUGCCUCCAUCUCGAGAUCUACCUUACCCUCUCCAUGGUCAUUCUCAACGAAACCAUCCGCGUCGACCUCAUCGUCUUCCUCGCCCUGUUUGCCGAUUUGGCUACCGUAGCUGUGGCUUACGACAAUGCGCACUGGGAACCUAGACCUGUAGAAUGGCAGCUCCCCAAGAUUUGGAUCAUGAGUGUCAUCUUGGGCAUCCUUCUGGCCAUCGGCACAUGGAUCAUCCGAGGAACAAUGUUCCUUCCUAACGGCGGUAUUGUCCAGAACUUCGGAAGUGUGCAAGAAAUCCUCUUCCUUGAAGUUGCUCUCACAGAGAACUGGCUCAUCUUUGUUACCCGUGGCGGCAAGACAUGGCCAUCAUGGCAACUCGUCGGCGCCAUUCUCGGUGUCGAUAUCCUGGCCACUCUCUUUUGCCUCUUCGGCUGGAUGUCCGGCAUUGGAGAGACUGAUGCUAUCCACGACAACUUCAAGCAGAGCAGCAACGGCUGGGUCGAUAUUGUCACCGUUGUCAUUGUCUGGCUCUACUCUUUCGGUGUCACUGUCGUCAUCGCCAUCAUCUACUUCAUCCUUAACAAGAUUUCUUGGUUGGAUAACCUCGGCCGAAAGGAUCGUCGCAACAAGGAUACCAAGCUGGAGAAUAUUCUCGGACAUCUGCAAAAGCUUGCUAUUGAGCAUGAGGUGGAUGAAAAGACUGGAAAGAGCAAGUUUACUCUAGCUGAGAAAGUUGCCGACGACGACGAGGAUAUCUAA